AUUAUAUGUAUACCCCUCCCCCAAAUGCAGUAAAUAAAUAAUAUUUUUGGGGGGGCAACUUUUCCCCAUUAAAAAAUGUGUAUGAAGGAGGUUGUCACCGUGUUGGGCUUUUAAUUCAGCACCAGGACUGCACUGAUAGUCAUUUAAAUCACUACUGGUUUCUUUAAAAUAAAAAACAAAAACCAAAUAAACAACCACCGUAUGUUUAAAAGUUAGGUUCAAGUCAUUAAAAAUAGUACUAAUAAUUGAAAGGACGACCAACAAAAAUUGAAGCAACCAUGUCUGGAGAGGUGCGUUUGAGGCAGCUGGAGCAGUUUAUUUUGGAUGGGCCAGCUCAGACCAAUGGGCAGUGCUUCAGUGUGGAGACAUUGCUGGAUAUACUCAUCUGCCUUUAUGAUGAAUGUAAUAAUUCCCCGCUGAGAAGAGAGAAAAAUAUUGUUGAGUACCUGGAGUGGGCUAAACCAUUCACUUCUAAAGUGAAACAGAUGCGAUUACAUAAAGAAGACUUUGAAAUAUUAAAGGUGAUUGGUAGAGGAGCUUUUGGGGAGGUAGCUGUUGUAAAACUAAAAAAUGCCGAUAAAGUAUUUGCCAUGAAAAUACUGAAUAAAUGGGAAAUGCUGAAAAGAGCAGAGACAGCAUGUUUUCGAGAAGAAAGGGAUGUAUUAGUGAAUGGAGACAACAAGUGGAUUACAACUUUGCACUAUGCCUUCCAGGAUGACAAUUACUUAUACCUGGUUAUGGAUUACUAUGUUGGUGGGGAUUUGCUUACUCUGCUCAGCAAGUUUGAAGAUAGACUGCCUGAGGAUAUGGCUCGAUUUUACUUGGCUGAGAUGGUCAUAGCCAUUGAUUCAGUGCAUCAGCUACAUUAUGUGCACAGGGAUAUUAAGCCUGACAAUAUUCUGAUGGAUGUGAAUGGUCACAUACGGUUAGCGGAUUUUGGUUCUUGCUUGAAACUCAUGGAAGAUGGAACGGUUCAGUCCUCUGUGGCUGUUGGAACCCCAGACUAUAUCUCUCCAGAAAUCCUUCAAGCCAUGGAAGAUGGGAAAGGAAAGUAUGGACCAGAGUGCGACUGGUGGUCUUUGGGUGUCUGCAUGUAUGAAAUGCUCUAUGGAGAAACACCAUUUUAUGCAGAAUCUCUGGUGGAAACAUAUGGGAAAAUCAUGAACCACAAAGAGAGGUUUCAGUUUCCAGUUCAAGUGACAGAUGUGUCUGAAAGUGCUAAAGACCUUAUUCGAAGGCUCAUUUGUAGCAGAGAACAUCGACUUGGACAAAAUGGCAUAGAAGACUUUAAAAACCACCCUUUUUUUUCUGGCAUUGACUGGGAUAAUAUUCGUAACUGUGAAGCACCUUAUAUCCCAGAAGUUAGUAGUCCUACAGAUACUUCAAACUUUGAUGUUGAUGAUGAUUGUUUAAAGAAUUCUGAAACGAUGCCCCCUCCAACCCAUACUGCAUUCUCUGGUCAUCAUCUGCCAUUUGUUGGUUUUACAUAUACUAGUAGCUGUGUUCUUUCAGAUCGAAGUUGUUUAAGAGUUACAGCUGGACCUCCCUCAGUGGAUGUUGAUGUCAAUAUUCAGCGAACUUUGGAGGACAGUUUAGCAACUGAAGCUUAUGAACGGAGAAUAAGACGUCUUGAACAGGAAAAACUUGAGCUUAGUAGAAAGCUUCAAGAAUCAACACAGACAGUCCAGGCUCUGCAGUAUUCAACUGUAGAUGGCCCAUUAACUGCAAACAAAGAUUUAGAAAUAAAAAACUUAAAAGAAGAAAUUGAGAAGUUGAGGAAACAAAUAACAGAUUCUGAUCAUCUAGAACAGCAGUUGGAAGAAGCUAGUUCUAUGAGGCGAGAACUAGAUGAUGCUUCUAGACAAAUCAAGGCUUCUGAGAAACAAAUAAAAAUGCUAAAGCAAGAAAGAGAAGACCUUAAUAAGGAAUUAAUAGAGUCUAGUGAGCGAUUAAAAUCCCAAACCAAAGAACUGAAAGACGCACACAGCCAGCGGAAACUGGCCAUGCAAGAGUUUUCGGAGAUGAAUGAGCGGUUGACAGAUUUGCACUCCCAGAAACAGAAGCUUGCUCGCCAAGUCCGAGAUAAGGAAGAGGAGAUGGAAUUGGUGAUGCAAAAGGUUGAAAGCUUAAGGCAAGAACUGCGUAAAACAGAAAGAGCCAAAAAAGAGUUGGAAGUCCAUGUAGAAUCUGCAGUUGCAGAGGCAUCUAAGGACAGGAAACUGCGUGAACGGAGUGAACAGUAUUCUAAACAGCUGGAGAAUGAAUUAGAGGGAUUAAAGCAAAAACAGAUUGGUCGCUCACCAGGUAUAAGCAGCAUAGAACAUCAGCAAGAGAUAACCAAACUAAAGGCUGACUUGGAAAAGAAAAGUAUCUUUUAUGAGGAGGAAUUAUCCAAAAGGAAUGUAAUACAUGCAAAUGAAAUUAAAAAUCUGAAGAAAGAACUGCGUGAUGCAGAAGGCCAGCAGCUUGCCCUUAAGAAGGAGAUUAUGAUUUUAAAAGACAAAUUAGAAAAGACCAGGAGAGAGAGCCAAAAUGAAAGGGAAGAGUUUGAAAGUGAAUUUAAACAAAAAUAUGAACGAGAAAAGACUCUGUUGACUGAAGAAAAUAAAAAACUCUCAAAUGAGCUUGAUAAGCUCACUGCUAUGUUUGAGAGAUUAAGUAUAACUAACCGACAACUAGAAGAAGAGAUGAGAGAUCUAGCAGAUAAAAAGGAAUCGGUUGCACAUUGGGAGGCCCAAAUCACAGAAAUUAUUCAGUGGGUGAGUGAUGAAAAGGAUGCACGAGGGUAUCUUCAAGCUUUGGCCUCUAAAAUGACAGAGGAACUGGAGGCAUUGAGAAAUUCCAGCCUUGGUACAAGAGCAACAGAUAUGCCCUGGAAGAUGCGCCGUUUUGCAAAACUGGAUAUGUCAGCUCGGUUGGAGUUGCAGUCAGCUUUGGAUGCUGAAAUUAAAGCCAAACAGGCCAUCCAAGAAGAGCUUAAUAAAGUGAAAGCAUCAAACAUCUCAACAGAAUGCAAACUGCAAGAGUCAGAGAAGAAGAACUUGGAACUGCUUUCAGAAAUUGAAAAACUGAAAAAGGAGACUGAGGAGCUUAAAUCUGAAAAGGGUGUAAAGCACCAAGACUCACAGAAUUCUUUCUUGGCAUUUUUGAAUGCUCCUACCUCUGCUCUGGAUCAAUUUGAAAUUGAUUCAGUUGAGAACUUUACGUUGUCUAACCCUACUUCACGGGAUGAGGAGGUCAAGUCUCACCUCCAGUCAAGGUCCAGGUCUCCUUCCACAGCUAGUGACAUUGAACCAAUUGAGGUUACAGACCACCCUCCACGUUCAGUUCACACACCAACAAUGAGAUCAGCAUAUAUUGGAUCUGGCAUCUCCAUACCUAAGCCGAAGGCCCACCAGUUUGUAGUAAAAUCGUUUAACACUCCUACCAAAUGUAAUCAGUGCACAUCUCUGAUGGUUGGUUUGAUAAGACAGGGCUGUGCUUGUGAAGUAUGUGGAUUUUCAUGUCAUGUUACCUGUGCGGACAAAGCUCCAGCAUUUUGUCCAAUUCCUCCUGAACAAACAAAAGCCCCUCUGGGAAUAGACCCACAAAAAGGAGUUGGAACAGCAUAUGAAGGCCAUGUUAGGGUCCCCAAACCAGCUGGAGUGAAGAAAGGUUGGCAGCGAGCAUUGGCUGUGGUUUGUGACUUCAAACUCUUCCUAUAUGAUAUAGCUGAAGGAAAAGCAUCCCAACCCAGUGUGGUAGUCAGUCAAGUGAUUGAUAUGAGAGAUGAAGAGUUUUCCGUGAGUUCAGUUUUGGCAUCUGAUGUUAUUCAUGCAAGCCGAAAGGAUAUCCCCUGUAUCUUUAGGGUAACAGCUUCUCAGCUUUCAGCAUCAAGUAACAAAUGUUCAGUCCUGAUGUUAGCAGAUAGUGAGAAUGAGAAGAGCAAAUGGGUGUGCUUACUGAAUGAACUGCACAGGAUUUUGAAGAAGAAUAAACUUAAAGACCGUUCAGUCUACAUGCCUAAAGAGGCCUAUGACAGCACUCUCCCCCUCAUUAAAACAACCCAAGCAGCAGCCAUCAUAGAUCAUGAAAGAAUAGCUCUGGGAAAUGAAGAAGGGUUAUUUGUUGUGCAUGUCACAAAAGAUGAGAUUAUUCGUGUUGGUGACAAUAAGAAGGUUCAUCAGAUUGAACUCAUCCCAAAUGAACAGCUCAUUGCUGUGAUCUCAGGACGAAACCGCCACGUGCGACUUUUCCCCAUGUCUGCUUUGGAUGGACGAGAGACUGAAUUUUUUAAGCUGGCAGAGACUAAAGGUUGCCAAACCAUAGCUUCUGGACAGGUGCGCCAUGGAGCUCUUACCUGCCUGUGUGUGGCUAUGAAAAGGCAAGUCCUCUGUUAUGAACUAAAUCAAAGCAAGACCCGUCACAAAAAAAUGAAGGAGAUCCAAGUCCUGGGUAAUGUCCAAUGGAUGUCAGUCUUCAGUGAACGACUCUGUGUGGGAUUCCAAUCAGGAUUCCUCAGAUAUCCUUUGCCUGGAGAAGGCAAUCCACACAGCUUGCUCCAUCCAGAUGACCAUACACUGUCGUUUAUUGCACAACAGCCAACUGAUGCAAUCUGCGCGGUCGAGAUCUCCAAUAAAGAGUAUCUGCUGUGUUUUAGCAGCGUUGGAAUAUAUAUUGACUGCCAGGGCAGAAGAUCAAGACAGCAAGAACUGAUGUGGCCUGCAGUACCAUCCUCCUGCUGUUACAAUGCACCAUACCUCUCAGUGUACAGUGAAAAUGCAGUUGAUAUAUUUGAUGUCAAUUCCAUGGAAUGGAUUCAGACAAUCCCCCUCAAGAAGGUGCGACCCUUGAACACAGAAGGAUCAUUAAACCUUUUAGGGUUGGAGACAAUUAGAUUAAUAUAUUUCAAAAAUAAGAUGGCAGAGGGGGAUGAGCUAGUAGUCCCUGAAACAUCAGAUAAUAGCCGGAAACAAAUGGUUCGAAACAUCAAUAAUAAAAGGCGUUAUUCCUUCAGAGUCCCAGAAGAGGAAAGGAUGCAACAGAGGAGGGAGAUGCUUCGUGAUCCAGAAAUGAGAAAUAAAUUAAUUUCUAACCCAACUAAUUUUAACCACAUAGCACACAUGGGUCCAGGAGAUGGAAUACAAAUCCUGAAAGACUUGCCCAUGAACCUCAGGCCUCAAGAAAGCCGGACAAUGUUCAGUGGCUCUGUCAGUAUUCCAUCCAUCACCAAAUCACGCCCUGAACCAGGACGUUCUAUGAGUGCUAGCAGUGGGCUAGUAGCAAGGUCAUCUUCACAAAAUGGUAGUGCGUUAAGGAGAGAAUUCUCAGGAGGAAGCUAUGGAACAAAACGGCAACCUAUGACCUCUCCUUCAGAUGGUUCAUUGUCCUCUGGAGGUAUGGACCAAGGAAGUGAUGUGCCAGCAAGGGACUAUGAUCGAGAGGACUCUGAUUCUCCAAGGCAUUCUACAGCUUCCAACAGCUCCAACCUCAGCAGCCCUCCCAGCCCCAUUUCUCCUCACAAGACCAAGAGCCUCUCUCUGGAGAGCACUGACCACGUGAGUUGGGACACAUGAACUGCUUCGGCAUUCAGAUCAGACAUCACAACGGCUUUUUAUCCCACGGCUCCCCUUCACUCACCCUGUUUUCUCGCUUUCAUCUCUUCCCCUCACUUCUGCCUGAAAAUUAUCUGGGGGCUGGUAUCAGAGGGGUGGUGGGAGUAGGAAAUAAACUACCUUCUGAUAUAAUUCAAAGGUGAAUUUUACUCCCAGAUUUAACAACAGCAGCAAAAAAGGGCAAACUUUUGUCAAAUAGCUGCCACAGAUUUCUAUUUGUAUUCAUUUCGUUUCAUACAGUUACAGCUGCUUUCAUUAUCUUUCACUCCCUCCAAAAAAUUUAGUAUAAAUAGACCAAGAUAACUAAAAAUGAGUAAGAUUUAAAUGAGCGCUAGAGUCUCAUACUGUAAGAUAGCACAGUGAACCCAUGACUUUGUGGGGAGGAUCAGUAUAUCAAAGAGCAUCAUAAAGCUUUCAUUCAGCCACCACAAUUGAAUGUUAAUCUGAUUGUUACCAGUGAAUCCUUAUUAAUUAAAACAAUACAUAUUUUACUACAAUACAGAGUUUAAAUACACAGAUUUAAGAGUUAAAUACUGAUUGUAUAUAUUAAGAGAGAAGCAUCAUGUAUUCAGUAAAAGAUGGAUGCAUAUUUAAGAGAAAGAAAUCCUUUAAUUUAAAAGAAUUGUGUUGUUUCCAUAUGUUUUCAUGCUAAAUAAUUUUAAAUGUUGAAAAGACCGGUUAAUAUUUGUUCAGAGAGAGAGGCAGAGAAAGCACCAUUCCCUUUGGAAGAUGCUGUUGAGCACAGAUUAUCAGAAGAGCAGUUUAAUUUCUCUUGUCAUCAGAAACAUCUUUCCUGUUUUCCAUAGUAGAAUUAAAGCCAUGAUCUUCAUUUUUAAAGAUUACUCUUCUUAUCUCUUACAAAUGAAUAAGAGAGAAGAUUUCUUGCCACCCUCACAGCUCCUCCAUCCCAAAGCCAAUGGGCAGAGUUAUAUUUUCCAAAGGGGUGGGUCUCCCUAAAGAUCACAGAAGUGCUUUUUUCCCCCUGGGAUCCACUAUACCUCCCCAGGCUAUAAUAACAUCAUUGCAGUUUAGAGCAGGAGACGAUUUCUCUAGAAGGAACUCAUUUUACUUCAAAAGGGAAUGAUCUUCCUCUAAUUGGCCUGAAAACAGUUUACCAAAUACCUAAAACCUCAGUCUGCCAAAUGCAUGUAUUUUUAGCAGCCUCGACCAAAUAUUUUCUUAGUUUCACCUGAGGAUAAAAGAUUUGACACAAAGGGUGUUUAUGUUUUAGUUAGUCAACCGGAAUUGUCAGUUCUACCAAGAUUCCUUCCAAGAUUUCAAGUGGAUUUCCUGCUUGGUUGGGUUGGUUGUGUUGUUGGUUGCAUUUUGCUCCUCCACUGUUCAGGGACAUCACAGGAAAGUCAACUGAGAACAAACAAAACUCCAUUUUUCUCACAGUCCAGGUUAAUCUGAAGUUCUUGUACCUUUGUCAUGAGAUGGAGGUCUGAAGCCAUUUCUCCCAUCAGAUAACACCAGUAGAGAAGGGAGGGAGGGAAAGAAAGAGAAAUCAGCCUCUUCGAUUCUCUUCAUGUGAGCUUCACUAAAAAUAGAAAUCAACACAAUAUGAUAUGUUCCCAGGGACACUCAUUAAUGUUCCACUACAUUAAAAGAAUUUUUUUCCCUGUGUCAUAAAUUUAGAUCUCAGCAUUUGUGCUGUAUCAUUUGACCACUGACCACCGUGCAUUCAUUCUACAUUCCUACGGUAACAGCACUGUCAAUUUUUAUUAGUCUGUCCACUCUGAGAAAAAACUUACAGAGCUUUUUAGAGGAGAGGGAUUGGGCUGGGGUUAUUUUAUAGACAUACAAAUAGGAGAAUAAAAAAAAUCACAGUUAAUGCCAUUAGACAUGCUGAAGUCUAUGCCUAUUCUAAAAUUAUUGUAUUUUAUUUUGUCAUGGGCACACUUGUUCCAAAGUACUAGUUACCUCCAAGUUAUUUUGCUUUUGGAAAAAUAGAAAGUUUUUGCAUUUUAAGAGUCAUUUAACACAGUUUGACUUGUUCAGAUAUAAGUAUAUAAGUUGCUACCUUAAUGUUUCAUUGUCAUUUGAACAUAACAUUUUCCUAAAUAUGGCAUUUAGCAUUAGAAAUGAUAGAAUACCAGCAAAUGUGUGUCCUUGCUCAACUCUGCUCUUCCUCAUCACUAGUGUGUUAUGAGGAAGACAAAGCAGGCAAAAGGACAUACGCCCCCAGGGAGCACCUUAUUUUCCAUCUUGUCUGUUAUUCUGCUCAAGCCCUUCUUAGGGAUUUCUCUUUCCUAAGGAAGUAUCAUGUCAUGCCAGUGAACCCUUUGGUACUGGGCCAUCUUCUGGCCCCAGACUGCAUAUAGACAGGACCAUUGCAAGGCCAGAAAGUGAGCCUACUGAAGGAUUGGGCUCCAUUUCAAAGUGAUCACUCUCUCAGACCCUCCCAGAAGAGGAGAAAUGAACAGGAUGAACCCCAGAGCCUGUACAGAGAGCUCCAGCUCAUACCAUGUCCCGCUUGACCCAUGCCAGGGCUAUCAGUGGAGUAGCCUCCCAGUUACACUUUUUAAUGAAGAGUUGGUUGUAAUAGGGUAAUUUCAAUAGGAAAUUUAUUGCAGUAUCUCCUUCCCACCCCCCAAAAAAGGUCAUUUUUGUUAAGGAGGGGAGACACUUUGCCUUAGUUGAUAAAUGGGUGGUAUUUAUACUGGGUCCAUAUUUUAUUAUCACACUACCCUCAAAUGCAUAGCAUAAUACAUUCAGGAUCUUCUGAGCAGGUGCCCAAAAAUCCACUGAAGACUCUGAAAAAAAGGAUCCAAAGAAAGAAAAAGAAACUUGUUGACCAUUAGAGGAGUCCAGUGGCCCAUGAUUGAAAAGAUGCUUCCCAUCUCUUCUUAGUACUGCACAUAGAAUCUCUUAUUUAUCAUGGGUAAUUUGGGUACGUGUGGAAGGAAUACUUUCUCUUCUUGAUAGAAAGGAAAGCUAUGUAUUAAAGGCAUUUUGCCCAGCAUCUGUCUCUGAGGGUUGGGAGCUGUGGAGCUUUGGUUCUGGUGCUGGGGGCAACUGCAAAAUUUAAGCUACGAACCUGCCUGGUGUGUUGUCUGCCCUUGAAUCUUGAGUAAUUUCAUCAUAUGCUUUUAAUGUACAUAGUACAUGUACAAUUUUUGCCAAAACUGAAAACCUUAGAGGUUGCUAAAGUACGUUGCAUUUGUCUGAUUAUUUAAAAAUCCAGCUACUUUCCUUUGGAACAUAGCUUUAGAGUCAUAAAUUGUAACUGCUGUUAUUUGUCCAUUUGGCUUCCCAAGAAAUUCCCAGUUCCUGCACUUAAGCAAUAAAUGGAGUAUGAAAUCUCUGUUCUUAUCACACACAUCCCCAAAGCCCUUGAAUCUAAAACAGUUUGUAACAAGUUGUCCUCAUUCUUCAGUGGCCUUUCAGCCCUUCUCUGCCUUUAUUAUGGUCAGAAAUGUAUCUUAUCACUUAAUGACUGCAUAUUACUGAAUUAUGUAUCUGAGAAAGAGAUUUUGAGCCUGAUGGAACCAUGACUGAUUGAAUUUAUAUUGAACUCUCAGGUAUUGCUUAUGCAUUGAUGGGGGGCAAUGAGAACAACCUUCCCUGACUCCAGCAGGAAAAGCACGUAAAGCUGUAGCUGAGCUGGAUUCAGUGGCUUUGGAGUCAUCAGAAACACUCUGGUCUUGAAGCCAGGGUGUGUUUGGAUAAGAUACUUUAUGUCAGUUCUCCAGAUGGGGAAGCAAGAUGUUGAGAAAUCAGGUCAGCAUGAAUUUUUAUGUUUAGGAACUUCUGAUAGGCCAGACUUUAUAAGUGACAAUGGUGGCCAAAAACAUGAGAGAUAAUCAGGCAUUUUUCUCACUCUUUUCUGUUCCUCCUCUCCUUCUGUCUCCCAUUUCAUUCUUUUCUGAACUAUAUAAAGAAGUGUUUGACAUUUCAUUUCACCCACAACAUUCCCUGUUGUGACCUUAGUGACUUAAUCCAGGCCAAAGUUCUUAGAAUAAUCCAGCUUGAUGAGAUGAUGGAUGGGCGGUGGAAUGUGCUUAUAACAGUUCAGCGGGCCCAAGACUCCUAAACAACAUAGCUGCCAUAGAUGUUUUGUUUUCCCUUUCUCUGGCAUUUCCAUCAGGGAAUGUGUGAUUCUUCUCUUCCUUUCCAUCCACAUUUGAAAAUAUGAAACAAAAAUAAACCUUCUGUUACAUGUAAGAAAUAGCCUCAGUUGUGGGGAAGAAUUUGAUAAAGACACAAACCAUUCUUGGUAUUUCAGUGGGGAAAAAAAUGACCUGCCUUUUUUUAUGUCUGACAGUUUCAUAUCAUUUAUUUUUAAAAAAUAUAUUUUUAGGGUUUUUUUCAUUGUAAUAUUAUUGUACAGUUUUGCAUGACCUAGAUGUAAUCACUUUUUUGUUUAGAGUAUAAAAGCUGACAAGUCUGUGUGGAGGGGGAAAAGAUACUGCUUUGGCCUCUUAUCAUUUUUUAUUUUAUUUUGUUUGGAUUGAUGCCCUUGAUGUUGUAGGGGACUUUGUAAGAGAUUCUAUGCUACCAAACAAUGAUGUGGAUUCUUUUGCACAGAAAUAUUUAAGGUGGGACAGUCCGAAAUGUAAUGAAUGACUUCCUCACCAAUACUUUAUGUUGGUGACACACUUAAUAUUAACCUGACUUUGAUGUAUUGCAAUAAAACAGGGAACUGUUAGAAA